AUGGAAAUGAGUAGUGGUGUUACUUUUGAAAAGACAUUUAGAAGAGAUGCCUUGAUUGAGAUUGAGAAAAAGUAUCAGAAGGAGUGGGCUGAAGCGAAAUAUUUUGAAAUUGACGCUCCUACAUAUGAAGAAUGUCCUACUAAAGAUAUCGAUGAGGUGAAGGAGAAAUAUCCGAAAUUCUUUGCGACUAUGGCAUACCCUUACAUGAACGGUGUUUUACAUGCUGGCCAUGCAUUUACGUUAUCUAAAGUUGAGUUUGCUACUGGGUUUGAGAGAAUGAAUGGGAAAAGGGCCUUGUUCCCUCUUGGUUUCCACUGUACCGGUAUGCCUAUCAAAGCAGCAGCAGAUAAGAUAAAGAGAGAAGUUGAGUUGUUUGGAGAGGAUUUCUCUGGUGCUCCAAAAUCAACAGAGGAGGAAGAGGCGGAGGAGGAGAAGAAGGAGGAUCCAGAAAAAAAACCAAAAGAGAAGAGAGAAGAUUUGUCCAAGUUUACUUCAAAAAAAUCCAAAAGUGUUGCGAAAACUGGAAGAGCCAAGUACCAAUUUGAAAUCAUGUUGCAACUAGGCAUUCCAAAAGAACAAGUGGCUAAAUUUGCCAAUACGGAUUACUGGUUAAAAUUUUUCCCUCCCUUGUGCCAAAGAGACGUUACUGCUUUUGGUGCUAGGGUUGAUUGGAGACGUUCUAUGAUCACUACAGAUAAGAAUCCAUAUUACGACGCUUUUGUUAGAUGGCAAAUAAAUAGAUUGAGGGAUUGCGGAAAAAUCAAGUUUGGUGAAAGGUAUACUAUAUAUUCCGAGAAGGAUGGUCAAGCAUGUUUGGAUCACGAUAGGCAGUCUGGAGAAGGUGUCACUCCACAAGAGUAUGUGGGGAUCAAAAUCAAAGUAAUUGAAUUUUCACCCGAGGCAAAGCAAAUUUUGGAAAACGAAAAUUUUUUCGACAUUGCUGGUAUGAAGAAUGUGUAUUUUGUUGCUGCGACUUUAAGGCCUGAAACCAUGUAUGGACAAACCACUUGUUUUGUUAGCCCCAAAAUUGAUUAUGGAGUAUUUGAUGCGGGUAAUGGAGAUUAUUUCAUUACAACUGAACGUGCAUUUAAAAACAUGUCGUUUCAAAACCUUACUCCCAAGAGAGGAUACUACAAACCCGUUGUUAUUGUGAACGGUAAAGCAUUGGUUGGUUCAAGAAUUGAAGCGCCAUUAGCUGAGCUCAAAGAUUUAAGGGUUUUGCCUAUGGAGACCGUGAAAGCUACCAAGGGUACUGGUGUGGUUACUUGUGUUCCCUCUGAUUCUCCAGAUGAUUAUAUUACCACGCGCGAUCUUGCCAACAAACCUGAAUAUUAUUCGAUUCAAAAGGAAUGGGUUAAGUCUGAGGUCAUCCCAAUAAUUCAAACAGAAAAGUAUGGAGACAAGUGUGCUGAGUAUUUGGUUAAUGAACUCAAAAUCAAAUCACCAAGGGACACGUUGCAAUUGGCAGAGGCCAAAGAAUUGGCUUAUAAAGAAGGAUUUUAUAAUGGUACAAUGAAAAUUGGAAAAUACAAGGGCGAGAAAGUUGAAGAUGCCAAGCCAAAAGUAAAGGCUGAUUUAAUUGCAUCUGGAGAAGCAUUUGUUUAUAAUGAACCAGAGAAUCAAGUUAUUUCCAGAUCUGGUGAUGACUGUUGUGUUUCAUUGGAAGACCAAUGGUACAUUGAUUAUGGUGAAGAAAUUUGGUUGGGACAAGCAUUGGAGUGUCUCAAAAGCAUGGAGACUUUUGCCAAAGAAACCAGGCAUGGAUUUGAGGGAGUGUUUGCAUGGAUGAAAAACUGGGCAGUUACUAGGAAAUUCGGACUUGGUACUAAACUUCCUUGGGAUGAUCAGUAUUUGGUUGAGUCAUUAUCGGACUCAACUAUUUACAUGGCAUAUUACACUAUCGAUAGAUUUUUACAUUCUGACUAUUAUGGUCAAGUUCCCGGAAAGUUUGAUAUAAAACCCGAGUCAUUAACCGAUGAAGUGUUUGACUACAUUUUUGCUCGUCGGGACGAUAUCAAAUCAGACAUACCUUUGGAGCAAUUGGACGAAAUGAGAAGGGAAUUUGAAUACUUUUACCCAUUAGAUGUUAGAAUUUCAGGUAAAGAUUUGAUUCCAAACCACUUGACCUUUUUCAUUUAUUCCCACGUUGCAUUAUUCCCCAAAAGGCUCUGGCCACGCGGUGUGAGAGCUAAUGGACACUUGUUAUUGAAUAAUGCCAAAAUGUCUAAGCUGACGGGUAAUUUUAUGACAUUGGAGCAAAUUGUUGAAAAAUUUGGUGCAGAUGCCUCACGAAUUGCCAUGGCCGAUGCAGGUGAUACUGUUGAGGAUGCCAACUUUGACGAGUCGAAUGCCAAUGCUGCAAUUUUGCGAUUAACUACUUUGAAAGAUUGGUGCGAGGAAGAGUUGAAGAGCCAAGAUCAAUUGAGAUCAGCAGAAUAUGACUCGUUUUUUGAUGAGGCAUUUGAGAAUGAAAUGAAUGAUUUAAUCGAAAAGACUUAUCAUCAAUAUACUUUGAGCAAUUACAAGCAGGCCUUAAAAUCUGGAUUGUUUGAUUUCCAAAUUGCUCGAGAUUUCUACAGAGAGUCAGUGAACUCAGCAUCUAUAGGAAUGCACCGUGAUCUCGUUUACAUGUACAUUGAGUAUCAAGCUUUGUUGUUGGCUCCUAUUGCUCCUCACUUUGCCGAGUAUCUUUACAAGGAUGUAUUGAAAAAGAAAGGAAGUGUGCAAACGACUUUGUUCCCCAAGCCAUCCAAACCUGUAUCCAAACCUGUUCUUGAUGCUUUGGAAUAUGUGAGAAACGUAUGCAGAUCCAUCCGAGAGGUUGAAGGUUUAGGGUUGAAGAAGAAGAAAGGAAAGUGUGAUUUCAGUUCUGGAGAUUCGGUCAAGUUGACAUUGUUAGUAUGCAACACAUUCCCUGAAUGGCAAGAAACUUAUAUUGAAAUUGUUCGUCAAUUAUUUGAGGAGCACAAAUUAUCGGACAACAACUUGAUCAAAGAAAAAGUUGGUAAAGAUAUGAAACGGGGCAUGCCAUUUAUUAACCAGUUGAAGUACCGCUUGAACACGGAAAGUCCCGAGUUGGUUUUCAAUAGGAAAUUAACAUUUAAUGAGGUUGAGACUUUGCAAAAAAUCACCAAGCUCAUUAAAAAUGCUCCUUUUGCUGUUAAAGUACAAGAGUUGCAAAUACUUGCUUUUGAUUACGGUGCAACUAAGGGUAAGGAUGUAUUGACUGGUGAAGAAAAUGUGGAGAUAAACUAUACAGGUAAAAUCAAAGAAAAUGCAAAACCUGGUGAACCUGGUGUAAUAUUAACAAAAAUCUAA